AUGUCAUCUCUUCAGUAUGUUUUAUCUCUUUUGGUUUGGUCCUCAACAAGUGCCCUUCAUCUACCUCAACCUUGUUUUUUGAAGUGUAAGGACAACUAUGUGAGUUUUUUCUUAGAGCUCAGACUUCUUAAAAUGAAAAAAUGUUCACUUUUUGAAGUUUUUCAAUGACACUGUUGUAAACGAAGAUUAUAUCACAAGGAAGAAACGUUUAACUGACACUCCUCACAUAGACUUGAGAUUACGGAUUUUUUUGAAUUAGCUUAUUUUUUUGAAAAUGAAGACCUUUUUCCACAUUUUCUUAGGUCUUCGCCUUUGGAAAAAAAGAAAACGUGUAGGUGACCGUUUAUUAAACUCUGAAAAAAUGGCUGGGCUAAAUAUUUAAGAGCGAAUCUCCUGAGAAGAGUCUGAUAUUAUUGACCUUCUUAGAAUCGGACUAUAAUGGUUUUCAAGUUCGUUUUUUUGUUUUGAGAAACCAGUCAAGUAGAAAGAAAAUAAUUCAAAGAGAUUUGAAAGAAGUGAGUAAUACCCUAGAGGCUGUUGCAGUAGUAAUUUGGAUGAAUAAUUGCAGAUGAACGGCAUGCAAGAUGACAUGGGCGAUUUCAACGAGUGGACAACGGACAUGGUCACUCCGCUACAUGCUCUGCUCAAGUAAACCCAUUAGAAGAAGCCGAAUAAAGAAUGAAGUCGUUUUAGGUCGGGCAAAGGCCGAAUGAUGGCUCGACUUACUAGGGCGUGCAGGUGAAAAAGCUUUUUUUUUCUGAUUUUUUUUUCGUUAUUGGUCUUUUUUUCUGGAAAUGAUGUUUUAUGUUUCAUUGAAUCAUACAGGGACCUCUGAUUGAGAUUUCAACAAGGCUUCCAAGACGAUUUUAUCACUCACGCUGAAUCGAAAGAAUUUUCAAAGUUUGAAGAGUUUUUUUGAUAAAUUUUUUAACUUUGCUAGUCAACUUGGACUUAUCAUUGAAAGUCAAAAACUUGAAAAAGAAAAGAAUCACAAGAACUAGCUUCCUCUCUGCAGAAUUUUCUUCUUGCAUUGCCUACGAUCAAAAAAAAAAAGGCCCACGCGUUAUAAACCAAUUCACCGCUGCUUUAUCUUCGCUUCCUGCAAAAGACCGAAAAUUUAACUCUAUUUCCAGAAGGAACGACGAAUAUACGCGCUGCUUAGAGCUGUGUCCCAACGUUCCAGCCAAGCAGAUUUUGAUCAAAGGACAGAAUGUUUGGCAUAUUUUGUGCCACGAUUUCAAAAAUGAGACAGGUGACUUGUAGUUGAGAUUAAUUGACUUAACUCUAGAAGUUUUUUUGAAAGUUUUUUUGAAGCGCAAUUUCAAUAUGAAUUUCUCAGAAUGAACAACUUCAUAAAUGUAUAAAUUUUGAAAUCCAGAAGAUGAGUCCUGUUAUCUGAAAAUAAAAAGUUUGAUUCAUGAAUAUUUUUCUUUCCAGUAAAUCAAUCUUCGAAAAAUGUUCAAUAAAAGUUAAUCCAUGAUGGAAUUUUCCCAUUACAUUCAGGGGUUUCAGAGUGGUCCCUAUAGUUGCAAUUUAGGGGUUUUUGGAGGCUCACAUCUAGGGACCACUUUACACCCCACUAUAGGGGUCACUUAAGCUGGCAAAAGUGGUCCGUAUAGGGAACAUGCUAGUCGAUAAUUCUUAUGAACUCUGAAGAAGCACUUCCAUGCGAAAAACUAAAGAAAUAACCUUUUUUUGAAUAAAAUUGUACGACCCUUUUAGGGACUACUCAAGCUUCAGAGGCUAAGGGGUCAUACUCGAACCCCUAUAGGGACCACUUUUAUUUUACAUUUUACCCCUACAGGGACCACUUUUUCAGUCCAUGAACGGUCUAUUUUCUCCCUGACCCUACAUGGACCACUCUAAAAUUCCUAAGCAGAAAGCUAACAAUGUGAUGCUUCAAUCGAUUCAGAAAAAAAAAAACUGAUUUUGAAGGAACAUAGUAUAAUUCAUUGAUGCACAUUACAAUCAACAUCUAUUCAAUUUCAUGAGUUUUGAAAACCUUCAUCAAAACAUGAAAUUCAGAUUUUCGAACUACUGUAGCCCCUUGUUGGUCCGAAUACGGAGAAGAGGUUUCCAAAUAAUUCUUUUUUUCAUAAAUUCAACAAUUCAGAUAACAGAAAAAUGCGAUACUCUCGCCGCUUUUCUGAAAGCUGAGAUUUUGAAACUCAUGCAGGCGGGUACUGCUGGAAUCGCGGAAUCCAUGGACAGCAUGUGCAAGUAAAUACCUAUGUUUCUUCUUUUUUUAAGCGAAACUCUUUCAGAAGCGUUUAUGGUUAUGACAGGUGCUUCAUGGAGGAAAAUUUCGAAUAUUGCGGUCCUUCAGCUGCCAAAUUUUUGGUCAAACUGAAUCAUCAGUCUUCCCAGUACGUGGAAAAAACUUCAAGAAUAGAAUAAAAUGAACCUCAGCACUCUGCUACAACUUCUGGAUGACACUGCGGUCAUAGACAAGCUGCCGAAAAGUUGCAAAGACUGGAUCAAUCAGAAGGUUUCUUUUCAACUUAUUCAUUCCCCUUGUAGUUUAUAAAAAAAUCGAUGAUUCUUCCGUUUUAAAAAACAUUUUUCAACAUUAUAUUUCAACUGAAUUGAUAAUCAAUCUGAUUUUCUUUUUCAGGGAAUGACUGCUUGGCAGAAAACCAAAACGGUUCAGAGAAAGCUUCGCAAUUCAGCCCAUUUCCCCAUUUUGGCACUUUUAUAUUUGUCUUUUUUGGUAACUGUAAGCUGAGCUAGUCACAUUUGCAUUUUUUUUUGUUCUUGCUCAACAUUUAAACCCCAAUAUUUAUUUCUUUCAUUUUCAAAACGUGUACUCAGGAAAAAAUAUAUUUUCCAGUUUUUAUGUGUGUCCGGUUGAUUUAUGAUAAACUGAUUUGCUGAGCUUGUCACAUUUGUAUUUCCGCAUUAAAUGCUUUUCAAAAUCGGAAAAACGCUCAUUAUUCCUGUGUCCAGUUCGAUCCGUUUUCUGAUUUUUAAGUAACAGAUUUUAUUAAACUGAACGGUUGAAUCGCUUGGGAAAGCUUGGAAAAUUCAUCGUAGUCAAAAAUCAAAUAGGAUGAGUUUAUUUUUACAGAUUCCCUCAUUGCGUUUUCUUACUAAAGAAAAAGGAAUUGUUCAAAACCUAUAUACCUUGAAAACCCGCCGUCAGCAGCUUCUUCAUACGAUAUAUUAAGUUUUUUGAAGCAAUUCAGUUGCUUCAAAAAACGACUGAAAACGGUUUUUCAAAACGUUUUUUCUUUGAAAAGUAUCUACACCCUAAACGUGGUGUGCUUUCAAAAUUUUUGGAAACAGGCAAUUAAUUCUGAAACGAGAGGCCAAGAAUGCGGAAAGCGUACGCUGACUGUGCGGUAUCGCAAGCCUCGUUUUUUUCCUCGUAUCUGUUUUUUUCUGUAUAUUUUUUUGAACUUAAAAAAAGUUUUGGACUAAAGAAAAGUAACAAUGAAACACAAUAUAAAACAAUAAAGAAGAAAAAUGUUCAAAAUUUUUUUGCUUUGGGUCUUUAAUUAUGGGAAUCGCGAAAAUCCCGUUAGACGUCUUUUCAAAAAUUUUUUCCAGCCAUUUCGACUGGUUUUUAUAGAACCAUUUUCCAUUUUUGAAUAAAGACUUUUUUGAUUGACCGGAAAAUCAUAAGCCUCAAAGCAUUCACAUCGUUUUGACGUAAAACAACUGAUUCACCGGAUGAAGCGCAAGUGUCAAGGAAAUUGAUAAAAAAAAACUCUUGUCAACAUACUCAAAAAUAGAAAGAUAAUUUGGUUUCUUGAAAACAUCACGGGCGAAAUGGGCUUUGCUUUGAUUAAAAGGGCAUAAAAAGAGGCAGGGAUAGAUAAUCCUUUUUUGUUGAGACUUCUCAUCGCAUUCAUGCCGAACCACUUUGCAACAACUCUGUCUGAAAUCCCAAUACUCGCCUUUGGUCCACUUUUUGAGCAUAUGGGAGAGAAGGCUGACUACAAGUUUUGUAGUGACGAGAAAGAGAAGAGCCGAAAUCCGAGUCGAAACUAAUACGCGCUGCCCAGGUUUUUGCGCUCAUUUGCAUUUUUGAAAGCGGCGAAAUAAUCUCCAGAUCCUGCCUUACGAGCUUUUCUUUUUGAAAUCGAUCAGCAAUUUUUUGAGCAAAAAAGGGACAUCUCGCUUGCCCUUCUCUGACAUUUUGUUGUUGCUAGCUAACGAAAAUCAAAAUCAAGGUGCAUUUCACGUCUUCGCGUCCAAAACGUUGAAUCCGCAUCAAUUAGCAUUUCCGAAAAGACGCGUGACUACUGUAGUUAGGGCGAGAUAUCAUUUUCCUGGCCUUCCUUCCAUUCCUUCUCUUUUUCCUUUAUAGUUUUAUUCUGAAUGAUUUUUCCGUUUAAUUUUCAACUUUUUGACUUCCCAUUGGACUCGUUUUUCAAAAUAGAUUUUCUCAUUGAGCUUGCUUUUUGUACUUUUUAUAUGACAUUCUGUUACUUUCAAGCCGAGCAGAUUAAGAUCGAAUGACUUCUCCGCCCAGCUCGCCCUCACACCUACAAGUGAGAAAGUUAAGCAUCACCAACGAAGAAGAAGCUAAGACAACUCCUCGAAAACCUGGCCGCAAGGUUCUCCUUCUGCUUCUCUUUCAAUUUUUCCCAUGAUCCCGAGAGUAAUAAACCUUCAAUUCAUAUUCAAAAACGGAUGAGUGGGACAUAAAAGAUCGAAGCUCUUAUCCCAAUUUUUCUGAGAAGCAUCUGAUGUGUUCCUCUCAAUAGCUGACGCAUUCCAACACGACCGAAUGCAAGGCAUAUUGUCCAUAAACACAUUGCUCUGCUUAAUCCUGUUUUCUAUCGCCUCUCGAAGACUUUUUGUACCUAUUAAUUUAUUUGAGAUCGCUGCUCUUGCCGGAGAAGACGAGAUGAGCGGACCUCCUCCAGUUCAACCUCACAAGAGUCGCUUCCGCAACGGUCAUGCUUCCUUCCGGCUCCGCAUGCUUCAGGAGCAACAUGGCUCCGGAUUCGAACCGGUAGGCUUCCACCAGAAUGAUGCUUUUUUGUACACAAUUGAUAGUUUUUCAGCUGAAACGGUAAGAUUUAAAAUUUUUCAAACUUUCUUAAUUUAUUCAGCUGUGAGAGAAAGGGAAGAGCCAACAAUUGUCAAUAACGUUUUGUGAUUUUCUUCAAGUUUUUAUGCGCGAUUCUUUAUCUAUCGAUAACCUGGUCCAACGCGGACUACGGUCGUCGGCAAGAAAAAAAAGCAAAGAGCGAUGUCCUGAUUCUGCGGAUACCCCGCCUCAUCUACCUCAAAGCAAUAUCUAGCUCACGCGACAAGAUAAUCCUUAUCACACACUGGCUUUUUAGCUUUUUUGUCGAUAUCUGUCCUCAUACAAAGCGGACAAGACGCUUAGAGUAAAGUUUUCUCCCACUCCUUUCUUUUCUUACAAUUUUUUUUCCUGACGUGAAUCCGCAAAAAAAAUGCCGCCUAUUUCAAUUUGUUCUCUAUCCUCCAAAUCAGAAGCAAUUAUCAACCAACGGAAGCCGUUCUUAAUCCGCAUUACGAAUAGAAACCUCCAGAAAUCUUUUUUCUCUCUCGCUCGAUGCUUCACUCGACUGGCAAUGUACAUCCCCGACAUUUAGAGUUGUGACGAGAAUUCGUGAGUUUUAAUGUCUUGGACGGCCGCCGGAGACAGCUCCUCUUGGGUUUCUUUCAAAUCAAAAGACAAGGUUUGAACGAAAAACCUUUUUUUUCUCCAAAAAAAAAUAAAAUUUCUGAUUCAUAGUCCCCCCUUCUAGGAAAUUACAAACGGAGAUUAAGCUUAGUAAAAAAAAGACAGAGAUCGAAGAUGAAGGUGUUAAGACAGAUAAGCACAUGCUAAAGCCGUCUUCUGUGCCCACUUCUCCAGCGGCAGCAGGCCGAUUGGAACCACUUGCCACCCUCGAGUUUGCACUAUCCGACUCUUCCAGCACAUCAAAAACCUAUUUUGUAGCGUCAAGAUGAAAAAAUUGUCCUCGCGCAGCACUACGCCGCCGGGCACUCCUACAAAACUUGCCGUUGAGCGCGAAUCGUUCAAGAAAACUCUUUCUCGGUGAGUUUUUCAAGAUGCUAGGGUUGAGGUUGUCACUUUGUAGGGGACCUGCACGUCAAUAAUUGUUAUGAACCUUAACCGAAGAAGAAUUGUCAUGAGAAAAACUGAACAAAUAAGCAUGUUUUGAAUGAAAUUGAGAGACCGCUAUAAGGUCCACUAAAGCUUUAAGGGGUUAAAUGUCAGACCCAAAACCCCUUUGAGGGCCACCUUAAUUUGACUUCUAUAUGGACCAUUUUUUGGCCCCUAGAGAGGUUUUUUCCCUAUUUCCAAGAUUAAUAGUCCGUUUGAAAUUUUCAAAAAACAAAACACAAAAAUAUUUUAUUUCUCUUUCUUUUCACGUGUUACCAUCACCGAUGUCAAAAAAAUGAAAAAAUCUUUUCAAUUUCAGUUCUAGUUCGGAGAAAAAAACAACCAGCGCUGGCGAGCCAGCAAUCGAAGAAACUCCCAGGACAGCUCUUCGUGCUGCGCGGCAAUUCAAAUCCGCCCAUGAAUCUUUCCGUCUGCGAAUGUUUCAGGAGCAGCACGGGUUGGAGGCCGUGUCCUGUCCUGGAUACCAAGAAUCCAAAACCCCAACGGUUUUUUAAAAAAUGACAGUUGUUGGCUCUUCUAAAAUUAACAGAUCUUGGAUUUGGAAUUCAUAAUGAAUGAUUUACAGGUUUUCAUGACGAAGAAGCGGACCAGGGAGAAUAAGUCGGUGAGUGAGUUCAAAGGCGGCGACCUCAACAAGUACACGGCGAAAACAUACGCUAUCCAGAAUGGCAACGAGGUUUUUGGAGGUUUGAAUAUCUUUCAAGUUUCAAUCUGGUAAAAGUAACCCAAGUGCGCGACAUCCAAGUAUGGUUCAUUCACUAUUGGUUCCUGAAUAAUUCCAGAAAACUUUGAUAAUAAUUUCAUUAGCCCAAAAAAAUCAGCGGGGAAUGUACAUUACUUAGAAUUUCAUAAUCACGCGAAACUGUAAUUUUAUGUAUUAUUAUGACUUCCAAAACAUAGGCAAAAUCGGAAAGGGUCGAAAAGGCUUCGUAGAAAUGUUCCUUUUAGGGUGAAAAUGGCUCCUUUUUGGUGCCCUUUUCCGGCUAUUAUGCACCAUUUUUGCUGCCUCUCCCUUUUUCCACCUUUUCUUGAGCCUUGGAAGUCCCAGAAAAAAACAGAAUGCUCGAUAAAGGUACCCUUUUUGCUACCUUUCUGCGACCUUUUUUGAGCCUCUCCCUUUCAGCAGCCAUUAUCCAUCAUUUGCCCGAGGAUAUAAAAUCAGGACUUUUUCAAGGAAGAACUGUUUCAAACCCUCAAGAAGAACGUUCCACACGCAAUAUGUUACAAAAUGUUUUUUUAUACUAAAAAAAGUUAAGUCUCAACUUGUCAUGCUUAUAAUUAAACAAGAGGACGAAAUCGCAACAAGUGAGGAACCACUAGAAAUUCAAGGGCUAGUGCAAAUUAAACUAGCGUGGCACAUUUGAAACGUCGCAAAAGGAGAAAUGUUCCCGUUCUCACUUUUUCUGAAUUUUAUUCAAGUUUUCUUCUUUUAAUUCAUUGCUUUUUUUUGAAAGGUUUAGCUUAAAUCCUUCUGAAAAAUAUUCGUCGAUUAUUCCUUCUGCUUAAAAAACGGUCAAAGAAAUAGCCCAAAAAGCGCCGAUCUCAUUUUUCUUGGGAACACGAUCUUUAUUUGGCACUUUGAGAUCAUUUCUGACCAAUUUUGUAGUAAUUUAAAGAUGAACUUAAAGUUUUUUGAAAGGUUCAUGUACUGAAUUUCAAAAAAAAGUUCUUUUCUUUUCUCAACUCUCUCAUUCAUGACCUCAAGUUGCCCUUUAAGUGAAUUACCUUGCUUAUGAAUGCACACGAAAAAGAGUAAGAACUUGUUUCUCCAUUGUUUCUGUCGUCAAACGCUCACUUCCACGCGGGUUAUUGGUCUUAAUAGCUUGAAACUGCCCAGUUAGCGUUUCAAACAAUGGACGAUUUGAUGUUACGACUUCCGUACGCCAUGAGUCAAACUUCUGGACGCGAGCCAAAGUCCAUGCACAUUGUUUUUCCGAAAGGUUUGUUGGAUUAUGUUUUCUUCUUCUUUUCUUGUCGAUGAUUAUGAAACUAUCAUUUCUUCAAAUUUUUCUGGCAAAAAGCAAGGAUAUUCGAUUUUCUGACAAAUGAGUCGUUUUUGAAAAAUUCCUUUUAUUCAUGAAAAGUUUGCGUUUUUUUUCAGCUAGAGGAAAAAAAUUUAGCGCUUUUUUCUGGUCCAAAAAUGCUCUUCAUAAUGAAACAUUACUUGGAUCGGUAGAACCGCCCUUUGGUGUAAUUAGAAGUAUCAGAGGGGUCCCUAUAGGGCUUUAGUACCUGUCCCCUUAUCACUUAAAGCUCAAGUGUACCCUAUAGAAGUCUCUCCUUUUUAUUCAAAAAACGCUUAUUUCAGUUUUUUCCAUGGAAACGCUUCUUCGCUUAGAGUUCAUAAAAGUUAGCGACUAGAAUGUUCCCUGUAGAGGCCACUAACUAAAACCCCUAUAGGGGCCGCUUUUGCAAGAUUUAGUGGAACCUAUAGGGUUUGUUAGAGCGGUCCCUAGAGUGGACCCUAGAAAAGGCCACUAAUCGCCCCUAUAGAGACCACUCUGAAGUACUGAAGUAUAAGAUAACUUUUUUCCGCACACUAAUUUUCUCGUUUUUGCCAGAAAUUUAUGUCUCAACGUCAAAUUUGUUCUUCGUUUACAAAAAGGAAACUUCUGAAAAAACAACUUCUUCAAAACUGUCAAUCUGGAGCAUUUCUAAUUUUUUUUUGUUGAGGUUUAUGAGAACGAGACUCGGAUAAAAUUAUUUCCAAACCCAGGAAGGAUGAAAGCCUAGAAACCCAAGCGAUAUCGGAAACACGAUUGUUUGUUUGAGGCAGAAUUAAUUGUGAAUCGGACACUCUAUCCACACCGCCAUAACCUUAUUUGAAAGGAGAACAAUCCUCGUCUCGAAGAAUCUCGAGCCCUUUUGGGACGAGAAGUGUCGAAAAAGGCGCCUGCCGAGCCGCUCACCUAUGCACAAGUGCACUCCGGAAGAAAAUUGUGUGGCUGA